AUGUCACCCUCGCUCGAGGCGCCGGAGCCUGUGGAGGAUGUCUUCGCAAACCCCAUAAAGCAGAAGCCGCAGCUCGUCGCUCCGGAGCCCCAGCACUGCCCAGGUCCCGAGUCACAGCAGGCCGGCACAGCGGACUCGUGUGCCGGGUGCCCGAACCAGGCCAUCUGCGCUUCGGCGCCAAAGGGCCCCGACCCGGACAUUCCUAUUAUCUCAGCGCGCCUUGAGAAUGUCAAGCACAAGAUUCUCGUGCUGAGCGGCAAGGGUGGCGUGGGGAAGAGUACCUUUACGUCCCUGCUGGCGCACGCCUUUGCGACGAACCCGGACAGCACGGUGGGCAUCAUGGAUACGGAUAUCUGCGGGCCCAGCAUCCCCAAGAUGAUGGGAGUCGAGGGAGAGACGGUGCAUGUCAGUGGUACGGGAUGGUCACCGAUCUGGGUUAUGGACAAUCUCUCCGUCAUGAGCAUUCAGUUCUUGCUACCGAACCGGGACGACGCUGUUAUCUGGCGAGGCCCCAAGAAGAACGGUCUCAUUAAACAGUUUCUUAAGGACGUGGAAUGGGGCGACCUCGACUUCCUACUCGUGGACACACCACCGGGCACAAGCGACGAGCACCUCAGCGUUAACUCAUUCCUUAAAGAGAGCGGCAUCGACGGAGCUGUCAUGGUCACCACCCCCCAAGAGGUGUCACUGCUGGAUGUGCGCAAGGAGAUUGACUUUUGUCGAAAGGCUGGCAUCAGAGUAUUAGGACUCGCAGAGAACAUGAGCAGCUUCGUCUGCCCAAAGUGUUCCAACGCGAGCGAGAUCUUCAAGGCGAGCACAGGAGGUGGACGGGCACUGGCAGAGGAGAUGGGUAUUCCCUUCCUGGGAUCAGUACCUCUGGACCCAAGGAUUAGGAUGGCGUGUGAUUACGGCGAGAGUUAUUUCGACUCGUUCCCAGACAGCCCAGCUUGUAUCGCAUUCCAAGGGGUGGUCAAGAAUGUUGCGAUGCAGUUGGGAUUGGAUACCCAGAGCGUGUUGCCGGACGAGUAG